AUUUCCCUAUUUAUUGUGUUCUCUUCAGGGUCUGGUUUCACUCACCUUACUACUCAAGAAACAAAGAAAGAAAUAGAGAGACUAACCCUAAAGAAAACAUGAGUUCUAAUAGUAAUAUGAUUCUUGUUUCUUUAAUCUGCAUUGCUAUUGCCGGCGGUGUUGCUGGCCAAUCUCCGUCGAGUCCACCAACGACAACUCCUGCUCCUCCUACACAAACACCACCACCAACUACUACUCCUCCUCCAGUUUCAGCUCCUCCUCCAGUCACUCAAUCACCACCGCCAGCUACACCACCGCCAGCAACUCCACCUCCAGCUACACCACCGCCAGCAACUCCACCUCCAGCUACACCACCACCAGCAACUCCUCCUCCAGCCACUCCACCACCAGCAACUCCUCCUCCAGCCACCCCACCACCAGCAACCCCACCUCCAGCAACUCCCCCUCCAGCUACCCCACCACCAGCUACUCCUCCACCAGCUACCCCACCCCCAGCUUCUCCUCCUCCAGCUGUUCCACCACCGGCUCCUCUCGCCGCUCCACCAGCUCAAGUUCCAGCUCCAGCUCCAAGUAAAAAGAAAGUGAAAUCUCCUGCUCCUUCUCCUUUAGCUUCGAGUCCACCUGCUCCUCCUUUGGGUGCUCCUGCUCCUAGUUUGGGUGCUACUUCUCCUGGACCGGCCGGCACCGAUGUGAGUGGAGUAGAGAAGAUGUUAUCCGUGCAGAAGAUGGCUGGAAGCCUGGUCCUUGGAAUUGCUUUCUUCUGGUUGCUAAAUUAGACAUGUGUUUAUGUGUCUCAAUUUAUCAUUUCUUUUGUUAAUUUUUGAGUUUAUGCUGUUGGGUACUUUUUGGCUAUUAUAUAUAUUAUUAUCAUUAUUAUUAAUGGCUGCCAUUUUAGCCCCUUCUCAGUUUAUGAGAUCUUUUAUUGGCUGUAUUCAAAUUUGAGACUUAUUAUAUGUAUACAUUCGGUUGAAUUCUUUGGGAGAUUUUUGGGGAUGCCUCUUGUAUUGGUGGAGAGUGGGGGGAUAUAUAUAUAUAUAUAGAGAGAGAGAGAGAGAGAGAGAGUUGUUUUGCAUCUGGGAUUGUUUCUGUUAGCUACCUCUUUGAUCUCAUUUAUUAAAUUUCUUUUCAUUAA